CUCAAUGGAACGUGAGCCUCCGCCUCUCAGUGCCCAUCCAGCUGCAGGUGCCUCUGCAUUUUACACGUGAGGUGUGUUAGGUUUUAUGUGAAAUAAGUCAAGUAUUAAUUCUGAACGCAGAUUUUACGAGUUCGAUCGUGCAUCAAAGGUCAUAAGAAUGACGCGUGAGACGAAGCCGGAUUUAAAUGAGCAACAGACUCCGAAAGAACCGAAUGAGGGUAUCUGUGAACAAGAUGACUCUAACCUCGAGCAAGACCAGCCAAUAAAAACUACUAAUGGCCUGGAACCCGAUGAUCAAAGGAAUAAAUGUGUAACAAUUGAAACGGAGGAGACCAAACGACACAGACGACGCCAUUCUGCACCUCUGGGGACAUCAAUAGGAAGGUCGGCCGGCCCCGCCUUCCAGAGCUUGCAGGAAGAGCAGCGUAGCCCUUCUGUGCCGUGUGGCCUCGGGAUAUAUUCAUUCUUUCCUAAUGAUCACUUUUGGAACCGUGAUUUUCCGGCUUCAAAAUCGCAAGAAAUAUAUUCUCUCCUGUUUAAUGGAAAUAAGACCAACAUGGAAGAGUUUCCACGAUCUGCCUCAGGUAUGAAAAGUCCCAAGUGUCCCAAUCCGUUAAGUGUAGGAGAAGAGGAGCUUUCAAAUUCUACUCAUCACAGCAAGUGGUCAAAGCAUUUCAAGCUACUUAUAAGAAUAAAUGCAAUCAAAGUACUCUUUGGUUUACUGGCAGUAUUAAUGCUUCCUCUCAUAUACUGCUGUUUUGACUUAAGCCAAACAAUCGCUGUUACUCUGCUGGAAGCCAAUUGCAAUCGAAGAUGUACAUGUGAGACUAAUAAUUCUUUAUUAUACCCUCACUUUGAAAAAGUGCCAUUGGAGAUAUUAUUUGACAGGAAAGAGAAUCUAAUUCAGAAGAGUGUCAAUAACGUUAAGAACAUUUCAAUACGUUAUGACAGCAAAUUACCAGUUUGGGCAAAUGAAUUUUUGCAUGAUUUCUCACUCUCAGCAAUGUAUUUAACCUCUACCCCAAUACCUACUCCAAGUUGCUCUUCCCAUACUGAUUGGGUUUCAUCUCUUAGUCCCACUCCACGUAUUGAUUGGGCUUCCUCUCAAAUUCACACUCCACCUUUUAGUACGGUUCCAUCUCGAACUCAUCGGCAAGCUAUGGCAGUGACACCCACCCCACCAUUACCUGAAGUACCUUCCAUCUUGAAUGGUUACCCAUGGAAUGAAGCAGCUGGUAAUCCUCCAUCACUGAUCAACCUUGAAAACCAGUGCAUGAGUGCCUCUGAGAGUGAUGAUAUUCCCAGCUGUGUUCAUGACGCUCAGCAGGUAGUAAGGCAUUGCACUUACUGUCACGUGUGGUCAUGCUCGUUUUGUUCCAGACCAAACUUUAUCUCUACCAUGGGAAUAGAACACCUCAUGCUUAAUCCAGCACAGAUAGGUAAAAGCUCCGCAGAUACUAGAAGAUUACCAAAUGUAGAGAGCUCUUCGGGCACAAAAAGCUCUAAACAUAGACGCCACAUUUAUAGCAUAGAUUUAAACUGGUGGCAAAGGAAUAUGAAGCACGAAUUUGCUACUGAACUACCUGUAGAGUCUCCUCCUCCCCCAUACCCAAGUUCAGUGGACGAAAAUGAAGCCUCGGAUUGCUCUUUAACUUCAAUAACUGCAAGAAUGACUGUUGCUGAUACAAAAUCCAGCGUUAGUUUAGAUCCAGCUAUGGAAUACCUAAAUAACCAUUAUUGUUAUGAGAAUCCUCCAGUGGGUAACUGUCUGAUCCAUCGUGAUGCUCUGCUUGCACUGCGUGAGGAUAUCCCAACCAGCAGGACUCUUCUCAAUGUUGAUGCUUUAAGAAGACUUUGGGAGAGUCAGACAGAGACAGAGACAGAGACAGAGACUGAGACACACACACAAUAUCUGAGGUUUCGUGGGGUUAUUAACAUAAGAGGUGAUGCUGUGAAAGACGAAAAAAAUAAUGAAGUUUUCCAUGAUAUUGAUUUCGCAGAGUGGGAGGUAGAAUCAACGGUACACCCUAUGAAUCAAGGAAAGAAAAAAAAAGUGCGACAGUCUCGGUCAAAUACUAAAAGUAAUUUUCAAAGUAAAAUUACAGAUUCAAAAGCUAAGGGAGAUGGGGGUCAAACCCAUACCAGUGGAGCACCUACAAGAACCAAAAAAAGAACAGGUUCCACUCACCAAACUGAUCCCAACAGACAAACUAGCACCAUUCAAAAUUUAAUUAAUCCCAACUCUGUAGAAACUAGCUCUGUUUGUUCCGGUGGUGCAAGGCCCAAAACCAGCACCCAAAGGAAGAAAUCAAAAAAGUCUAUGAAAAAUAUGUGAAAGGUCUUUUUGUUGAGAUUUUAGGAGUAUUUUUAAUAUUUUGUGCUGUAAUUAGCCAUGUGCAAUUUUUAUGAAGAUUUUAAAAUGGUAUUGUAGGUUUGUGUACAUACAAGAUCAGAUUAGGAAAUCAUAACUACUGCAAAUGGAAUGUUUUCAUGACAAACAUUCCAAACAGAUGUCAUUUUCAGUAUUGAAUGAAUAAGAUUUUCUAAAUUGAAAGACUGAAUCCUUAGGUUGUACUUAUGACCAUGUUGAGACAGCCAUGGUAAUUCACUGAAAUGAGUACUGGAAGUUUUUCUGUGGUAUUGAGCACUUGAUGCAUCGGCAUCUGCUCAGUAUAGUAGAAUAGAAAGUUGUUGACUAGCAUCACCAGUGCAGGUUGUAUGUAUCCUGUACUGUUGGUGUGCCAUGGUUGACCAAGAGAAUCUUUACCCUCUAGUUUGGUGUUCAUUUUAAUUUUUUUUAGUCUUGGGCAUUUGAAAUUUUUAAUGUUGUGCAAGAAAUAUUGUAAAUGCAUUUUUUUUAAAUGCUUUUCAUAUCAAGCAUUUGCAUUCACUAAAAUGAUACUGAAAGUCGUACCAACUUUUAUGCCUUUAUAAUUUUUAGGAUUUUAGUGAAUAUCUAAAAGCAUCACUUGUAUAAUAUUGUAAAGAUAAAUGAACUACAUUUCACAUA